AUGGCAAUGCAAUUAGGGUCUUUGCCCUUUGGUCUGGUGCUAGUAAUUGGCUUUUCAUUGCAAAGUAGCGAAGCUGCUACAGAUCCACCAGUUGUUUGUGACACUAUCAACAGGACCAAUUUUGAAACAGGGUUCAUAUUCGGCGCGGCUUCAGCAUCUUACCAGUAUGAAGGUGGGGCAAAUGAAGGUGGCAGAGGACCAAGUAUAUGGGAUACGUACACCCAUAAAUACCCGGGUAAGAUAAAAGAUGGUAGCAAUGGAGAUAUCGCAAUAGAUUCAUAUCAUCGCUAUAAGGAAGAUGUGGGGAUUAUGAAAGAAAUGAAUUUGGAUGCUUAUAGAUUUUCUAUCUCAUGGUCCAGAGUGCUACCAAAUGGGAAACUAAGUGGGGGUGUGAACAGGGAAGGGAUAGGAUACUAUAACAACCUCAUCAAUGAACUCCUUGCCAAUGGUAUAAAGCCUUUUGUGACACUCUUUCACUGGGAUCUUCCGCAAACCUUGGAAGAUGAAUAUGGUGGCUUCUUAAGUCCUCAAGUUGUGAAGCAUUUUAAGGACUAUUCAGAGCUUUGUUUUAAAGAAUUUGGUGAUCGGGUGAAGCACUGGAUCACAUUGAAUGAGCCAUUAGCCUUAAGUGUGGCUGGUUAUGCAACUGGGGAUUUGGCACCGGGACGAUGUUCUGAGUGGCUAAAACGCAACUGCACUGGGGGAGAUUCAGGAGUUGAGCCAUAUUUGGUCACACACAACCAACUUCUUGCUCAUGCAACUGCCGUUAAGUUAUAUAAGGAAAAAUAUCAGACGUCUCAAAAGGGAUUGAUAGGAAUAACGUUGGUGUCACUGUGGGUGGUGCCAUUUUCUGAGACAAAGAAAGACAAAGAUGCUGCACUUAGAUCCUUAGAUUUCCUGCUUGGAUGGUUUAUGGACCCAUUGACA